UGUUGCACCUUCUUAAUUUUGACACCUGACUGGAGGAGCCCGGAGCUGUAAUGACCUUCACUCUGAAGAAUCCCAAUCCUAUUCAGGAGGGACACCGGGAAAGAAAAAAGUCCUUCUGUCUUCAGGAACUAUGUGCAAUCAAAGGACUCCUCACCCCUCCAGAAAGGUAUUUAUGUUCCCAGAUAUGCUGCAAUGAGUCGAGUCAGGUCGUGAGUUUUGUAACAUGUUCAGAUCAAGGUAAGCAUGGUGUUCUGCUAUAUAUGUAUUUUAUGAACAAGACCCAAUCUAAAAAUUUUAUUGAUUUUUUUUUGUAGAUUCUGCUCUAAAUGAAACAAAAAUGGAGAAAAAUGCAACAAGUUCAUCUAACAUCCUACAGAUCCAAGGUUUCGACGUACCUCCAGAGUAUACAUACCCUCUGUUUUUCUCACUGCUCUUAGUUUACACAUCUCUGAUAUUUUCCAACGUUGGAGUUCUUGCACUGAUUGCCACAGAAAAGAGUUUGCACCAGCCGAUGUACUUUCUCUUUUGUAACCUUUCUGUCAACGACCUGAUGGGAAACACAGCCCUGCUGCCUCCGCUGAUGUCUCACGUUCUUGCAACGGAACGUUUGAUCUCCUACAACCAGUGUGUGGUUCAAGCCUUUUACAGCCACAUGUUCGGAUCGGCGUCGCACUUGAUUCUUGUUAUAAUGGCGAUUGACAGAUAUGUGGCGAUAUGCCACCCACUGAGGUAUAGCUCAAUAAUGACCAACAGGAUGGUGAUGGGGCUGUCUGCAGGUGCAUGGGGGGUCUCCUUGGCACUUGUGUCUGUGCUGAUUGGUCUAACUGUGAGGCUGUCCCGCUGCAGAUCAGCUAUACAGAACGCUUAUUGUGACAACGCUUCUCUGUUCAAGCUUUCCUGUGACGAUGUCUCUGUUAACAACAUCUAUGGGCUCUUUUUCACUGUGCUGCUGUUCGCCUGCUCGAUUGGAGGCAUCGGCGCCACGUACAUUAGAAUAGCUCUCAUCUGCUGGAUGAAGAAAAACAAAGAGCUGAAUAACCGAGCCCUGCAGACAUGUGCCAGCCACCUUCUGCUUUAUCUCAUCAUGCUCUGGUUGGGUUUUUUAACAAUCACACUGCAUCGUUUCCCAAAUUACCCAGAUUUGAGGAAGAUUGCGCAUGUUUUAUUUCACGUUGUCCCUGCUAGUUUGAAUCCCGUUAUUUACGGGUUGCAAACGAAAUCCUUACGGGAUAAAAUUACUCAAGUGAUUUGGAGAAAAAAGCUCAUUCCCAUGUAAAAUCUCCCAUCUCCUGUUGGUUUUAUCACCAAAAGGUACUGGUUUCUAGGUAAACCUUAUACCUUAUUACAG